AUGACCAUCACAGGCAAAAUCAAGAUAGUUUUUAUCCUUCUAGUGCUAGUCAUUCUGCUAUUAAUGACCAACAGCUCAUACUAUUAUCAAAGUGCCUUGUUAACUACAAGCAGGAAUGAAGGUCGAUCAGAGCAUUCCCGUACAGCAUCAAGCUACAACAACAGUAUUGAGAGGCUACUAGUUACAGAGAUGGAGAACAUGCUGAGACAUAAUUUAACUAACUCACAAGAGCAAUUAAAUGUUACUGAACUAAAUAACACUACAGCCGAACACAAUAACAUUCUGUCACCUUUUGCUGCAUCACUACAGACAGCCUCCUUGAAACAAGACUACAACACUGAAGGAGGGUACAUAGUAGUACUGGACAUAUACGAACAACAAACAAUGGCCUCAGGCAACCUACUACAACUACAAUGUUGGGCCCGGUAUUUGAACAUGGUGGUUGUUAAGCCGUUCAUGAAAAACUCGAAUAUGUUGACCCCAUUAGAUGAAACUAAACAACUGGGCAUGCUCAGAAUGGAGGACACGUUUGACAUGCACGACUGGGAAGAGUACACCAGAGAUGUUGGAUACGCUCCACUCGUAGAAUGGGCGGAAUUUGUGAGAACAGCCCCCAGAAAACUGAUUGUUGUACAAGCUAAAUACCCAGUCUUAACGUAUGUAAGAGACGUACGAGCUAGGGGACUCCCCUUUCCCCACCCCCCUUCAGCAAAGAAACUUUACGCUGAGGGAUGCAAAUUCAAGUUUCUACACAGCAAAGGAUUGUCUUAUUUGCAGUCAAGAGGGUUUGUGGUUGCACGUACUGUGUGUCUCAAUUUCCUAUCAGGGGAUGAGUUAACUAUGAAAGAGAUUCAAGAACACAUUUUAGGAGAAUAUGAAAAUGAAAAAGUGUCGAUUCUUAUUAGCGAGUGGAGAGGAAUUGGAGAGAAUCAGAGAUUUUUAGUUCAAGAAAACAUUUGUCCAGAAGAGAAAGCUUAUAGAGAGCACACAAAACCAAGUGCAAGAAUCUUACGCGAUGCAGAACUCUAUACUCAACAGUAUCUAAGUCACAAUGGUGGUAAUACAUCAUACGUGGCUGUAAUGGCCAGAUACGAAAUGACAGGACUGACUAAACACAAGAUCAGUGAUGGAGAUACACAUGCCAUUAUUCCCAGCUGCCUAAAGCAAACUAAUCAAGGCUUGGAGGUAGUGAAGUCUGUCAAGCACAUACCACAGGUGUUCCUUUCUAUAGACAUUGGAAAGUAUGGCAGUGACAGUUUCAAAAACAAACAUUAUUUUGGCCACCUCUCAGACAUGGAAGCAUUUGUGGAGAAGCUACAAGGAUUGAAAUUAGAGGACUGGGAGAAGACCUUUGAGUCAGUUACACACAACCAAGACUCUGGCUACAUAGCCAUGUUACAACUAGUAUUAGUCACUAAAGCUGAUUGUAUAGUGUUUGUAGGGGGAGGAACAUUUCAAAGACAUGCUCUACAUUUGUAUCAGGAGUUACAUCCUAAUGAAAGCGACAGAUGUGUUAGGAUAGUUGAGAAAUGUACAAGUCCAUACAGACCAGUUACAAAGUGACUUUAAUUUGCCUUAUUAUACUACCAUUCUAUGAUAUCACUCACCUGUUUUGUUUGCAAUGAGAAUGAACAAUAGAAGAGUGUUC